AAUCCGUCGUUUCCCUGAGUUCUCCUCUUCAUUCUUGACAUUCCGAUCGAGAUCCUUUCGAACAUCUCUCUAUUUAUCAAAUAUCGAUCAAUAAUGAGAUAAGUCAUUCGUCAAACCGCCGCGAUCGAGUUACCGGUUGAUGUCCUCAUCCUGUGAUUUUGUGAAAAGUGAUACAAAUCGAGGAAAAUAUCUUUCUUCCAAAUUUUAUUCAAGAUCGGUGUGCUCAAUAGUUUGAGUGAAACUAAAGUGGAUUUGGUUCGCACAUUGUGUUAUUCCUUAUUUGGUUUUGCUUAUAUUCAUUUGUUAAAUGAAAUAGUGAGGUGUCUUGUGAACUGAAUAUUGAAUAUUUGGAGGACAUUACCCGGAUAUGUCAACGAAUACAAACCGGAAAUUAUAGAACGUGUCAUCGAAAAUGGCGCGGAUGAGGAUUCGGUGGAUUUUACUAUGCUUGACACUCUUAUUGAGAGAUGCCACUGCAAAAGCCGGACUAUGCGAAGUGGAAACAGGACAGUCAAAUAUUAUCCUCGACAUCGAAGAAAGUAAAGGCAGCGCCAUCGAUCAGGCGACGGUGCCGGAAGAGCUUCCCGUCUCCGGAGACCCAAGGACAGAGAUAGUCUUGGAGCUGAUAUUCACUGGACGGAAGCCACUUUUUGUUCUCAAGGGUAAAAAGCUCCAGCUUCUUGAGCCACUUGACAGGGAUGCUGAGAAUUUGUCACAUAUCGUUUUUCAGUUAACGUGUACAGUUAAGUCUACAAAUAAGAAGAGGACUAUUCCGGUUAUCGUACGGCUGUCCGACGUCAAUGACAAUGCCCCACAAUUCAUCAACACACCAUAUGAAACGACAGUGCCAGAGCUAACACCCGUUGGUUCGACAAUUUUCAAAAAAGUACAUGCCGUGGAUGCAGAUGCUGGAGUCAAUGCUCUUAUAGAGUACUCCAUAGCACCUGGGGAUGGCACCGGGAUUGGCAACAGCGAUGGGGUCGGACGAGAUAGGGUUACGACCGCCGAUGGAUAUGGUUUCUUCUCCAUUAAUCUACCCCAUCAAGGUCAAGUCACUGUAAAUCGCACCUUGGACUACGAAAGAACUCAACGCUAUCUAGUCACCAUCCUCGCCUCGGAUCGAGCAAGAAAUGUUUCGGAGAGAUUCACAUCAACAACGACAUUGGUCGUUAACAUUAAAGACGACGACGAUCAAGAUCCAUCUUUUAUCUACAAAGGUUGCAUGCUUCACAAUGCUGCCUGCAUUAAUCCUGAAUACUCUGCAUCCGUGUCUAGCGGAGUGCUGUCUGGAAUACUCAAUAUCUUCCCAGAGAAGAUUCAGGCUGUCGACAUGGACAGUAUAAAUGCUCUGGUACAUUAUUCCUUCCUUAGUGGCAGUCCACCAAAUUACAGAGAUUUCUUCGAGAUUAAUCGCCACUCUGGAGCUGUAAGGCAGAUUAAGGCUGUCGACACCUCAGUCACCAAGAAAUUUGAUAUUAUCAUUAAGGCUGUUGAAGAUUCGGAAGCGGGACGUUCAGCAACAGCCAAGUUGACAAUUACUGUGAAGCCAGUGGAUAGUAAUCCACCAACAAUAACAGCAUCAGCAAUUGAAGGUUUCGUCGACGAGAAUGCACCAAUCGGUACGAAAGUCGUCGAUGAAGGAGGAAAUCCUAUACGACUGACAGUCUCAGAUGCAGAUCUGAGCCCUGAAGACCCAAAGCCUUUGUACGUGUUUGAGUUAACAACGACAUUUUUUACAAUCGACCAAUCCGGAAUUCUCGUCGUGAAUGAAGAAAAUCUGGACAGGGAUCCCCCGAGUCCAGGACGCUUCCGUUUUCAGGUCGUGGCUCGUGAAAAAUCAGGAGUUGCUGCAUCCGCUCCUCUUUCUUUUGUAGUGACAUUGAAUGACGUUAAUGACAAUGCACCUCAACUUCCGAUGAUUCCUCCCAUCACUGUUCAGGCGGGCGAGACCAGAAACACAGAAGUCGUUAAGGUGGAGGCAACUGAUAACGACGAGGGUGAAAAUGCCGAGAUAACGUACAGCAUCUAUCAUGUCUCGAACAAUGGUCUGCAGAAAUUCAAAAUCGAUUCGAAGACAGGAGUCAUUGAGACCAUCAGGAAACUAAAUGCCGGUGAACAAUAUAGUAUAACGGUGCAGGCGACCGAUAAUGGAGGAAAACAUUCGCAGACGAUUGUGGAAGUCAACGUCUUACCUGGGCCCAAUACCAAGGGUCCCGUUUUCCAGCAACAGGUGUAUGAGGUACAAGUGAGCGAAGGCGCGUCUAUUAACUCAACCGUUGCAAGUAUUCUUGCCGUGGAUCCGGAAAACGAUCCAGUUUCAUAUUCUAUCGUCUCCGGCAAUGACCUGAGGCAGUUUUCCAUUGGUGAUAAAUCGGGUGUUAUCACCGUUAUAAGGAAGCUGGACCGGGAAGACCUGACUCGAUAUCAGCUGCUCAUAAAAGCAGAGGAUUCUGGUGGAUUAUCGAGCACAGCAACUGUAAACAUCAGAGUGACGGAUAUCAACGAUGAAAACCCAAAGUUUGAAGGUCUUCCAUACGAAUUUACUGUAAAAGAAGGUGAAGCUCGUAAAUUGAUAGGACGAGUUCAUGCUGAAGAUGCUGAUGAAGGAAUCAACGCUCUUGUGACAUAUUUUGCUCCUGAUGAUGUUCCUUUCACAGUGGAUCCUGAAACUGGAGAUGUGCUUACGAAAAUUGCUCUCGAUUAUGAACAAAAUCACGAAUACAAAUUUGUGGUUACUGCUAGAGACGGAGCCCCAGAUCACCGAUUAGCGACGGCCACAGUUAAUGUGAAAGUUCAGGAUGUGGAGGAUGAAGUGCCAGUUUUUCACCAAAGCAGUUAUGAAUCUCGAGUCAAAGAAAAUGUCCCUGAUUACACUGUCGUUCAAGUCACAGCUGACGAUCCUGACACGACCAAACGAAUAACCUACGAAUUGAGACAAGGAGACACCGAACUUUUUGAAAUUGACCAAAAAACUGGAGUGGUUAAAACGAUUCGUGGUCUCGACUACGAGAAAGAGAAGCAGCAUGUUCUUAUCAUAGGAACUUUGGAAAACACCAGCAAUUUGCCUGGCUCGACUACUCGAGUUGUUGUCAAUGUUGAGGAUGUCAAUGAUAUACCCCCAGUCUUCACUUCGGUGCCUCGGCCAGUCACGCUUGACGACGAUGUUCCCAUAGGAACAACCGUAAUAAAUCUGAUUGCAGCAGAUUCCGAUGGUACUGCCCCUGGGAAUCAGGUGCGCUACGAAAUUACUGGUAGAGGCAUCGCCAGUAAGUAUUUCAUCAUCGAUCCGGACACCGGAGUUCUCAGAGUGCGAGAUGAUCUGCGCAAGGAAACUGACACCGAAUAUCAGGUGGAUAUUAGAGCCUUUGAUCUAGGUGACCCACAGCUGUCAUCAGUGUCGUCAGUUCAGAUUUAUGUUCGACACGUAGCCACAGUGGCCCCGGAAAUUGGCUUAGGAUUUGCUGAAGAUUCCUACAAUGUAGACGUCUCUGAGGAUGCUGCCGAUAACACUCUUAUCAAAACACUCACUGUCAUCAACUCACAUUCUCAUGACACCUCUCCGCUAAAGUGUGAAAUCUACAGUGGAAAUGAGGAAAUGCUCUUUGAGACAAACGUCACUCAGGAGAGGAAUUGUGCUCUGAGAUUGAAGAAGGGUGCACUCGACUACGAAGCUUCAGAAUCCUAUCAGAUCAAGAUCAGACUCAUAUCCCUCUCUGGUCUUCUCAGAUCUGACAGAAACACCACCAUGGUAAAAAUCCAAGUUCUCGAUGUGAACGACAAUAGUCCAGAGUUUGAAUUCCCAGACACAAAUAUGACCUCGGGUCGCUAUUUUGCAGCAAUUCCGCGUUUAGCCAAAUUUUCCACAGCAGUGUUUCACGUGAAGGCUCACGAUAAAGAUAGUGGAAAAUAUGGUAAAUUAGAAUAUAAAAUUCUCGAAGGACGGGGUUCUGAUUUUUUUGCAGUAGAUCCUUCUUCCGGAAGUAUCACAACUACCGCUACUUUUGAAAGUGUGGAUUCAGAGGAACUACCCUUUAAAUUUAAUGUCCAAGUGAGAGACAAUCCAAAUUCAUCGAGUAAUUUUAAUAUCGCUGAAGCUACCGUGAUUGUGAAUCUUAUCGCGGAGGAAAAUUUAUUGGUUCUGUCGAUUGAGAAAGCUGCACAUGAAAAUUUGCACAAGGACGGCCCCAAAAUUGCUAAAUUAAUUGAGGAGAAGACGGGACUUUUGAUCGGCAUUGAUAGAAUUGUUGCCAGGGUGAUGAAGACUGAAAAUGGGACGAUUGAUAUUCCUGAAGAUUCUGAUAUUUGGUUUUAUGCAAUUGAUCCUGUGUCUGAAACUAUUCUCGACAGGAAUAGCAGCCGGCUUUACAGCUCAGUUUUAGAGAAGCACGCUAUGUCUAACAUUACUUAUGACGUGUCACCUUUGAUUCGGGCAACCGCUAUCGAAAUUCAUGCACCAGUAAUGCCUUCAGAACCGGUUCGUACACAAACUGCAGUGGCUUUCAGUGGCGAAGUUUUCCCCUACGCUCUCAUAAUUAUUGCCUGUGUAAUCCUCGUGCUUGGAAUCGCUGGAAUAAUUUACAUUUGCGUAUCUUGGUCUAGGUAUAAGGCGUACAAGGAUCGCAUGCAGCGCAUGUACGUUGUUCCAAGGUAUGACCCAGUUUAUGUAGAACCGAACUUGAAGGAGUACGAAACACAAGUUCUACAAAUGAGCGUACCCGUGGACGAUAAUGAUAGUUAUAACGAUUUACAGCUCGACUUUAGCAACAAAAAUCAUGCCUUUAGUCUCGAUAAUGUGAGCUACAUCACCAAAGAUCAUGGCGAAAGUACAGGUCAGCAAAGUCCUGUAAGCUCAGAAGCAGCGACAACAGCUCGAGCUUCAAGCAUCGUCGGAAACCACAACGAUUCAAAUAUGCAAUCCAUGCGUCGGUCCACCCUAGGGCGGAAAAAUGGGAAUGACAUCAAUACUUUAAACAGUCAUCACACCCCAAUUCUCAACCCCCUUUAUAACCAAUCUGGAGAUCUUUCAAGUCCCAGUCCUUCCAAUGACAAUGUCGUUUUCCGAGAAAGAAAAGACUAUUCACACCUUGGGUUCACUUACUUAGGUGAUCAAAGUCCCGUAGAAACAACUACGGAACUCUAAAAAAAAAGAAAAAAAAAGAAAAAAAAAAGAGAAAAAAAA